AUGGUGAAGGAGGGCAUUGUGCUGGGGCAUAAGGUAUGUCGGGACGGGUUGGAGGUUGACAAGGGAAAAAUAGAAGCAAUUGAAAAGCUCUCUCCCCCAACAAGUGUAAAAGCUGUAUGGAGUUUCUUGGGGCAUGCCAGAUUUUACAAACGUUUUGUCAAGGAUUUCUCAAAAAUAGCACGACCGUUGAGUGCGUCGUUGGAAGCCGAUAGGAAAUUUUACUUUGAUGAUAAUUGCUGCAACGCGUUCAUGAUUUUAAAGAACGCACUGACAACUGCACUCGUAUUGAUCACGCAAGAUUGGACACUUCCCUUUGAAGUAAUGUGCGAUGUGAGCGAGACAGAUCUCAUUGUAUUGGCUGUUCAACGUGGAGAGCAGCCUGAUGGUUUAUGA